GGGUGUCGCCCUUUGUGUGGCGCUGGGGACAUCGCCGGCGGGCACGGGGGUCUGGCUGUGUGAUGGGGGCUCGGAUGUGCGAUGGGAGUCUGGGUGUGUGACGGCUCCUGCUCGUGCUGUAGCAGACGGGUGUUCUGUGUCGGUGUGUGUGAGCUUGCAGCCCUUGUGCUGCUGGUGAGGCCAUGCUGGUACACGUUUGGAACAGGCUAAUCUGUCUACUCAACACUAGCAGAGGGAAUGUAAGAGACUAGAACCAUCUCUAACUGUGCUCCAAAGUCCCUCUCCACCAAAGCUCCCGCAAAAAAUGGGGCUCGAGAGAGACGGCUCCUGCCUCUCGUCCCUGUUGUUACACAAGGAUGACAGAGUAAAGGUGUCCAGAAGUGGCCCUCGAAGUCUUGGAUUCUCUUUUACUUGAGACUUGUUUUGUGAUGGAGACGGCGUUGAAGUCUCCCUGUGACGAACAGCACCCUCAGCAGGCUGAAGACUUGCACGGGAACCUUGAGCAGAGCAGCAAACUUUCAGCAGGAGUAAAAAAAGAUAUUGAAAAACUUUAUGAAGCAGUGCCACAGCUUGUAAAUGUGUUCAAAAUAAAGGAAAAAAUUGGAGAAGGUACUUUUAGUUCUGUUUACUUGGCCACAGCACAGCUACAAACAGGUUAUGAGGAAAAAAUGGCUCUGAAGCACUUGAUUCCAACUAGCCACCCUCUGCGAAUAGCUGCUGAACUUCAGUGCCUCACAGUGGCAGGGGGACAAGAUAAUGUUAUGGGAGUUAAAUACUGCUUCAGGAAAAAUGAUCAUGUUGUAAUUGUUAUGCCAUAUCUGGAGCAUGAAUCCUUCUUGGACAUUUUGAAUUCCCUUUCCUUUGAAGAAGUGAGGGAGUACAUGUUUAAUCUGUUUAAAGCACUGAGGCGCAUUCAUCACUUUGGUAUUGUUCACCGUGACGUCAAGCCCAGCAACUUCCUCUACAACAGGCAGCUAAAAAAGUAUGCCUUGGUAGAUUUUGGCUUGGCACAAGGAACCCCUGAUACAAAAAUUGAGCUGCUUAAAACUGCCCACUCUGAAGAACAGCAGGGAAGUUGCUUGCAAACUAAUCCCAUUGUAGCCUUAGGAAAUGGGGUUUCUGUCAGUGUCACAGCACCUAAAGAGAUAGCUCAACAGUCAGCCUCAAAAGCAGCUGACAGAAGGUCCAGCUCACUUUCAAAAGUCCAGAUGAAACAAGGAAGAGGAGGAAAGGAGGACUCUGUGCACCAUUCUGUCCAACGCUCUGUCUUUGGAGAGAGAAAUUUCAAUGUCUAUAGCUCCACGUACCAGGAGACCUCAAGCACAAAACUCAUAAAACCAUCAAAGAUGAUAGAUGUUUCAUCUAGGAAGUUAGUAACAAAGAAGAAGAUUAUUUCUACCAAAACUGUGAGCAAUGGGGCAGCCAGGAAAGCUGCCAGUGGUUGCCCUUUAAACCUGCUCUGUGACUGUUAUGCAACGGAUAGAGUUUGCAGUGUUUGCCUUUCAAGGCGUCAACAAGUGGCUCCCAGAGCAGGAACACCUGGAUUCAGAGCACCAGAAGUAUUAACAAAGUGCCCUACUCAGACCACAGCAAUAGACAUGUGGUCUGCAGGAAUCAUAUUCCUUUCUCUACUCAGUGGACGGUAUCCAUUUUUCAAAGCAAGUGAUGAUUUAACUGCUUUGGCACAAAUCAUGACAGUUCGUGGAUCCAGAGAAACCAUUCAGGCUGCUAGAACUUUUGGAAAAUCAGUCGUGUGUACCCAAGUUGUCCCAACUCAAAACCUACGAACCCUCUGUGAAAAGCUGAGAGGAACAAAUAGCAGCUGUAAGAGAUCUCAGGGGGAAGGGACCAGCAGGUCAGAAAACAACACAGCUUUGCCAGUUGCAGCAGACAAACACUUACAGAAUUUUCAGGAAGGUGAUAGUGCUUUGGAAAUGAAGGCAACUGACAUGAAAGGAUGGGAUCAGGUUCCUGAUGAAGCAUAUGACCUACUUGAUAAGCUACUAGACUUAAACCCUGCAACAAGAAUAACUGCAAAGGAGGCUUUGCUGCAUCCUUUUUUUAAAGACAUAAGGCUCUGAGAAGACAACUUACUCUGUUAUUUCUUUCAUAUGUUUUGUGUGGAAAUGAAAUACUGAGGCAGUUUUACCUUGUUGCACUCAACACUUACAUUCAUUGAAAUAACAUCACACUGUGCUUUUAACUACUGAAAUUUUGUCUUGUACAGUUAGACUGCAAAUGUCAGUUUAAGAAAUACUUGCAGAUGCAAAAGUUACAUAAACAUCACUAACAUGGUCUUAUCUGAGAGGUUAUUGCUGUGCAUACCUGUUCUCUAAGAAAGUUAACUUGGAUCAAAAACAACAAAGAAAAAAGAGUUUCAUAAGCUCUAUGCUUAAUUCUCGAGAUAUUCCCUUAAAAUUUAAAAGUUUGCCUUAAGGUAAGACAGAAAUAAGAAAGUGUUUGAGAGACUUUUUUUCUGUACUUGCAUAUCUGCUUUGUUCCUGUUUAGUACAUGGGGGACUGAAAAUGGAACAAAGUGUAUUCAUUUUGUUCAGACUAUUUUCAGAGAACAGUAUUACUUUGGGAGUGUUGCUAGAGGAAAGGCCAGGUACUGGAGAUUAUCUCCUCAAAAGAAAAGCAUAACUUUUAAAAGUACAUUCUUGUUCCUGUCUGGCCUUUCCUACUUAGGCAAUAGUAAUAAAUGCAGUUACUCAUUUUGCAUAUUUCCAUGUUUCCUCAGUGUCAUGUGUAACUGUCAGUGUUCCACAGCUGCUGCCUUCAGAAUGUCUCAGGUGCCCCACAUAGCUUUGAUUUCUGU